AUGGCCUCUACACCAGUAAACGGCGCCCAGGCCGUCGCCCAGCACAAACUGCUGGACCAGGUUGCCCGCGCGCCAGACCGCCGGUCCUCGCCCAUGCCCACACACCUGACCGUCCCUGGCUCCGGCCACUCGACACCGCGCGUCAUCCCCCAAGAAGGCACAAGUGGCUCCGGCUACGUGGCCCCUACAUUCGAGGGCAAGGAGCAGCAGAUGGAGGGCGUCAUGGACGGCGUCGAGGACAAGGGCUUCAUCCCCCCGGACUUUGUCGAGUCCGAGGUCAAGUGGUUCUACAACGAGCUCGGCAUCGACGACAUGUACUUUGCGACCGAGUCGGUCGAGGCCAUUGUCACCCACAUCCACUCGCUCUACGCCGCAAAGGUGGCCGCCUAUGCUCGCGACGAUAAGCGCCUCGAGAUCAGGCUCGACAAGGAGGCCGAGGACCACGCCGUGUACAUCGACACCAGCAGGCCCGGCGUCUCGGUGCUCGACGGACCGCGCUACGAGCAGCGCAUCGACACAAAAUACCUCAACAACACAAAGGCCAACACGGGCUACCGUGUCGAGAGCUUCCGCUCCACGAGCCCGCUGCCUGGCAGCGACGACCAGCAGCUGCGAUGCUACUUUGUCUACCAGUGCGAGUUCGAGAGCCCCAACCCCGGCGAGACCGAGACCGACGUCGAGAAGAUUGGCGACAAGCGCUUCCUGCAAAAGGCCACGGCCAACACCAAAGCCAUCUACCAGCAGGCGCUUGAGGUCGCCGUCGAGCGAACCGGUCCCGUCAUCGAGUGGUUCGACAUUGAAGGCUCGCGCGACAAACGUCUGGUCCUCGCCUACAAGCAGGGAUCCGCCUUGGGCAUGUUCAGCGCGCUCAGUGAUCUGUACCACUACUACGGUCUGACCACGUCUCGAAAAUACGUCGAGCAGUUCUCCAACGGCUACACGGUCAUGUCCUUGUACCUCAGCCCCCUCACCGGAGCUGCAGGCGCCAAGCACCCUCCCAUCGAGGCCUCGAUUCACCAGAUCAUCAAGGAGAUCUCUCUGCUGUACUGCAUCCCCCAGAACAAGUUCCAGACCCUGUUCGCUACAGGCAGGCUGAGUCUGCAGGAGACCAUCUACGCCCACUGCGUCUGGGUCUUCAUCACCCACUUCCUCAACCGUCUCGGAAACGAGUACACUGCGCUCUCGUCCAUCCUGAACCCCGAGAACAGCGCGCACGCCGAACUGCUCUCCAAGCUGAAGCGCAGGCUUCGUGCUGAGACCUUCACUGCCGACUACAUCCUCGAGAUCAUCAACUCGUACCCCGACCUGGUGCACAGCCUGUACCUGUCCUUUGCCAACACCCACUACGUCCAGACGCGGGGCACCGAGGACGACUUCCUGCCAACACUGAGCUACCUGCGGCUGAAGAUCGACAAGGUCCAGACGAGCGAGGAGCUGACCGACACCAUCAACAAGGCCGUUGUCAACGACCACCACCAGAUGGUCAUGAACUCGUUCCGCAUCUUCAACAGCUCCGUCCUCAAGACCAACUUCUACACCCCUACCAAGGUCGCCGUCAGCUUCCGCCUGAAUCCCAACUUCCUCCCACCCUCCGAGUACCCUCAGCCGCUGUUCGGCAUGUUCCUCGUCAUUGGUUCAGAGUUCCGUGGUUUCCACCUCCGCUUCCGUGACAUCGCUCGUGGUGGCAUCCGUAUCGUCAAGUCGAGGAGCCAAGAAGCGUACUCGAUCAACGCACGCUCGCUGUUCGACGAGAACUACAACCUCGCGAACACGCAGCAACGCAAGAACAAGGACAUUCCCGAAGGUGGAUCCAAGGGUGUUGUGCUGCUUGACUUCAAGCACCAGGACAAGGCUGCCGGUGCCUUUGAAAAGUACAUCGACAGUAUCCUCGAUCUUUUGCUGCCUCCCAUCAGCCCUGGAAUCAAGGACCCUAUCGUCGAUUUGCACGGCAAGGAGGAAAUCCUCUUCAUGGGCCCGGAUGAGAACACUGCUGAUCUUGUCGACUGGGCGACCGAGCACGCUAGGGUUCGGGGUGCGCCCUGGUGGAAGUCUUUCUUCACCGGCAAGAGCCCCAAGCUCGGCGGUAUCCCCCACGACCGCUACGGCAUGACCACCUUGUCCGUUCGCGAGUUCGUUUUGGGCAUCUACCGCAAGCUGAACCUCGACCCCAGCAAGGUCCGCAAACUGCAGACUGGUGGCCCAGACGGCGAUCUCGGCUCCAACGAGAUCCUCCUCUCCAACGAGAAGUACGUGUCCAUUGUUGACGGGUCUGGUGUGCUUGUUGACCCCAACGGCCUCGACCACGCGGAGCUGCUCCGCCUCGCCAAGAACCGCCAGAUGAUCAACAACUACGACGCCUCGAAGCUGUCGCCGCAGGGCUACCGCGUUCUCGUCGACGACACAAACGUCCGCCUUCCCUCUGGCGAUCUGGUCUACAACGGCACCACUUUCCGCAACACCUUCCACCUGCGCAGCGACAUCCAGUACGACACCUUCGUCCCCUGCGGUGGCCGUCCCGAGUCCAUUGACCUUUCCUCUGCAAACAAGCUCAUCGUGGAUGGAAAGUGCAUCAUCCCGUACCUCGUCGAAGGCGCCAACCUCUUCAUCACCCAGGACGCCAAACUCCGCCUCGAGAAGGCCGGCUGCAUCUUGUACAAAGACGCGAGCGCGAACAAGGGCGGUGUGACCUCGUCCUCGCUCGAAGUCCUGGCCUCUCUCUCCUUCGAUGACGAGAGCUUCGUGAAGCACAUGUGCGUCGACGCCAACGGCGUGGCACCCGACUUCUACAACCAGUACGUCGCGGGCGUGCAGAAGAUCAUCCAGAACAACGCACGUCUCGAGUUCGAAGCCAUCUGGCGUGAGCACCAGGCGACAGGCCAGCCGCGCUCGAUCCUGUCCGACACGCUCUCCAACGCCAUCACCAAACUCGACGAGGAGCUGCAAAACACCGAUCUCUGGAACAACGUUGGCUUCCGCCACUCGGUCCUCUCCGAAGCCCUGCCCCCGCUGCUCCUGCAGCAGAUUGGUCUCGACAAGAUCAUUGAGCGGGUACCAGACAACUACCUCCGCGCCAUCUUCGGCUCCUACCUCGCCUCGCGCUUCGUCUACGAGUUCGGCGCCAGCGCCUCGCAGUUUGCUUUCUUCGACUUCAUGAGCAAGCGCGUCGCCAAGGCGAACGCGCAGACCAACGGCGCUGUUACGCAUUGA